GAAUUAAAAGCCAAUAAUGACGUGAAAGACAUGUGCUUUUGGUUUGCAUUGAUAUUCAAUGCAUUCAACGCUUGCAUUGCUUUCAAGUGUUUAAUAAAUUAUUGAAUCACUUGUUAUCACAAAUGGACACCAAUUUUGUCGAAGAAUUGCUCCAAAAGGCUACUGAAGAUGAAGAGAAAGCCAAUCAAAGUGUUAGAGUCGACAAACCUAUUGAUCUAUUUUACGAUUUAAGACAUCUUCUGGCUGUCGACACCAACCCUAUUGAUGCCAAAGAAUUGAGAAGUGGUAAAGAGGUUUAUAUGAAAAGUCUGGCGCGAGAUAAUUGUCAACUGAUUUGCAAUAAAUUAUGGCAAUUAGAGACCAAACGAGUCGACGACACAAUUGUCGCUCAAUUGCCAGCCGUUGGAUAUCUUCUGCCAAGAAGUAAACCGAUUCCCAAACCAAAGGCACCGACAAAAUGGGAAACGUAUGCAAAAAUGAAAGGCAUUCAAAAUAAAAAGAAAGACAAACUGGUUUGGGAUGAAGAGUCCAAACAAUGGAAACCACGGUUUGGUUACAGAGGUAUCAAUCAGCAGAAAGAUUGGGUCAUUGAAGUGCCAAACAAUGCAGAUCCGAAUGUGAAUUACUUUGAAAAGAGAAGCGAAGAUAAAAAGGAAAGGAUUGCUAAAAAUGAAUUACAAAGACUGCGAAAUAUCGCGCGAUCGCAGAAAGUGAAAGUUGCGGGAAAUACUGGAAUUGUUCCUCAUAUGAAUCAACCACAAGAAAGUCUUAAAAGAGCAUCCAUUUUAGCAAAACAGUCCACUGCUUCUGUCGGAAGAUUUGCUGAGAAGUUGGACAACGAAAAGGCGCCGAAGAAUAGCGGCAAAAGACGUCACUUUGAACCCAAUUUGGGUGAUAUGAGUAGAGAAAAGGAUAAGAAUCUUAAGAUUAUUGAAGAUAUUAUGAAUAAAAAGCCUAAACUUGAUAUCAAUAAAGCAAUUGAACCGAUGGUUAAAGAGAGAAACACUUCAAACAAAUCAAAGCCUGAUUUUAAGGGAAAAAAUAGACCAAAAUUUGACAAAAGAUCCAAAAAUAGAGAUAAUAAACAUAAUAAUAAUAAUAAUAAUAAUAAUAAACAAAAUGUAAAUCACGUGAAAAAGUCUAAUAAAUUUGGAGCAAAUGGCAAACACAGGAAGAAAUAGUAUUAUACACAAUAUUUAAUGUGUUUUAUAAUAAUUUUGAUUAAAUUAAUAAUAAAAAUU